CGACCUCUUCCCCGAUCAGUCGUUGCAUUCGUGCAGAUUCAUGCGCCUAUCGUGCUUCAUGACGUAUUUUUUGUUGAUUGCGAAUACACGCAUACUAGGCCCUGCUAGACACGGUGGUGUUAAUAUAUGAAACUUGACGUGAUUAACGACGUUAAAGAGAAGAAGAAAUUUGUGUUUUUGUACCUAAGUACUUUUUUCCAACCUUAACGUUAAUAUCACCGAGAGUACAGCUAUCGCGAUAAUCGUGUCAUUAUGGAUCAAGAGGAUGUUUUAACGAUACUAAAGAUUCUCAUAAUAGGUGAAUCUAACGUUGGGAAAUCAAGUAUACUUCUGAGGUUCACCGAAGAUGAAUUCUGCGAGAAUAUGCAAAGCACAGUCGGAAUGGAUUACAAAACCAAGCAGAUAACUCUCGAUGGCAACACAGUGAAACUCGCGAUUUGGGAUACUGCAGGCCAAGAACGAUUUCGCACCUUAACACCAAGUUACUACAGAGAUGGCCAGGGUGCUAUUUUAAUGUAUGAUGUUACGGAUCGAAAUACUUUUAUAAAAUUGGAAACAUGGCUCAAUGAAUUGAAUACAUAUUGCAAUAGAACAGAUAUCGUCAAGAUGGUAGUAGGUAAUAAAAUAGAUCUGCCAAAUAGAGAAGUGAGUACCGAGGAAGGCCUACAGUUUGCCAGAAGACAUCAGACCCUGUACAUUGAGAGUAGUGCAAAAACAGCUGAUGGAGUAAAAUGCUGCUUUGAAGAACUUGUACAAAAGAUAAUACAAACACCUGGUCUUUGGGAUACUCACUCUACAAGAUUAUAUGACAACGGCACCAUGGGUGCAUCAAGGUAUCGAGUCGGAAAAAGAGGAAUGCAGUUAGCCAUUGAUUAUCAAUCUCGAUCCAUUGAACAAUCAUCAUCAAAUUGUUAUUGCAGUUUACUGUAAUCGUGUUAUGAGAAAGUGCAUGUUUACAACAAAUGUAUGCACAAUAUGUUAAGAUUGAGACUCUACACAAAAAAAUUAAUUCCGACGCGGAAGAGAUCACGUACAAUAUAUCAUCACUUUAUACGUGCUACGCACUCGGGUUUUACAAUUAUUAGGAAAUAAUUUUGUAAAAUGCAUGUAUCCACUUACAUUACAUACACACGUUAACUAUUAUGGGAAACUAAAUCUUGAAUCUGGUAUAAAUAUUUAUGGCGCAAAAAAUUAAAUGAAAUUUUGUGUUGGUGUAAACACAUAAUUAAUGUAUGCUGAAGAAAUAAUUAUAGAUAUUUAAUGAUACAUUUCUAUAAGCCAUAAAUAUUCUGUUAAUCAUAUUUUUUUACAAGUAAAAUUUGACAAUUUUUACAAACUUCAGUUAUGUUCAUUAUUUUACAUUGUGCACAAUAUGUGCUCUUGAUGCAUAUUAUUGUUACAUCUGAAAAAUGUGUAUUAUAUUGUAAAAAUGUAUUUAGAAAUCCUUUGUUACUAUGUUUAUAUUGUGCUAAUUUUUAGAUUCAAUAAUCUCAUUAGAAAUAUAUACUGUGCCAAAAAAAUGGGGAGUAUAUAUUUCACAGAGAGUUUACUAUAUAAUUACAUAUGAUGGUGAUAUUAUAUAUAAAUUGAUACAUUAAUUGUAUAACUUAUUCUCUGUAUGUACAUAAAAAAUUUUCUGGAUAUGUGUUAUAUAAA